UGCACUAUGCUCUAAUUUGCGUGCGCGGCCUCGUCAGUGCGGGCACGUUCAUUGGGGGCUUGGUCCUACGUAAUGGAAAGGGGGCGCGCCCGCGAUCCUGUGUUGAUGUGUCGCAGAUUCAAAAAGUGAGAGAGGGAGGAGAGAGAGUUCAGAGAGAGAGAGAGAGAGACACUCCUCUUCAUCACUCAUAGCUCUCUGUGCUAACAGAGUGUGAUAACUAACUGGUCUAACUGGUCUAACUGGUUUAACUGGUCUGGUUACUCCUCUUCAUCACUCUCUCUCUGGAGCGCGUGGAGGAGAUGGAGCUGUCAUCGAUAGGUGACCAGGUGUUCGCUGUGGAGUCCAUCACCAAGAAGAGAGUGAGGAAGGGUAAUGUGGAGUAUCUCCUGAAGUGGCAGGGUUGGUCCCCAAAGUACAGUACCUGGGAACCAGAGGAUAAUAUUUUGGACCCACGCCUCGUCCUGGCCUACGAGGAGAAUCAGGAGAAGAUCAGAGCUCUGGCCUAUCGGAGGAAAGGUCUCAGACCGAGGAGGCUCGUCCUGCGGAACAUCUUCGCAAUGGACCUCCGCAGCACCCACAAGGUGGCGGAGAAGCCCCCUCCCCGCCUGCGCCUCUCCCUCACUCGCUCCAUGAGCACAGACGUGGACCAGGGCGAGCGAGGGGGCGUGUACCGCCGGUAUACCUGGGGGAAGACAAAGCACAGGGUGUCCAGGAGGACCAUCCGACCACCAGAGAAGAAGAAGGAGGACGAGUGGAGCAGCGAGGAAGAGGAGCGUGACGGCGUGACGGACGACAGGCAUGAAGGCAGCCUGUACGCUCCGUCCGUGUGCAGCUCGCCGCCCCUGCUGGAGCGACAGGACGUGGAGCUGGAGGUGAUGGAGGAGGAGGCGGAGCACCUGGGAGGUGGAGGCAAAGAGGCGUGGACUGACCGAGAAGAAAUGACAAAGAUGCAAACAUUUGAGUGCGACCAACCAGAGGUCAGUGUCUGUGUGCCGGAGGAGGAGCCAGAAGAUGCUGUUACCGGGGAUGAUGAGUCAUUCUGGGGCGGAGUUGAGGAGGAGGUGGAGGCGGAGUCAGAGUGUCCCACAUUGGACAGAAACGACAACACGACCUCGAUAACGGCGAGCAUGACAGCCGAGGAGAGAGAGGAAGAUGUUACCAGGGCAACACCAGGCAUUGAGGCUCCUCCCACAGCUGCAGAGCAUGCUGGGAAGGUGAUCGUGACAAAAGUGACAAUCGACUCGCUCACAGUGACUUUCAAAGAAGCGACGGUGGCCGAAGGUUUCUUUAAGAAGUACUAAACGAUCGUCUGUAGAUUUUAUACGCUCAAUAAUCUCAUAUGUCAAAUAGUUUACAAACGUGCCCCGGCGUCCUGCGGCGUCCCAUGGCGUUCAAUGAAGGCGUUGUUGCCUUUGAAUACAACGAGUGCUUCUAAAUCUCGCUGGCUCAUUUCUCAGGCGAUAAAAAGCCUGGGGACCAAACUUUCUCACGUCUACUUCCAUGCAGUUCUCGGGACGCUCAGGCGCCCCCCCUUUCCUAAAGUUAGUCCUUACUGCACUUCCACGGCGCUCGCUGCAUGCCCGUCAGUCUCCACAGAGCGGUAGAGGCGGUUAUUUCUGUCACAAAGGGAUCUAGACAGAAAGAAAGCUUCACAGGGUUUCGUUUGGUUUUUAGUAUAAUCUGCUUCCUGGUUCUAUUUUUGUAUUUCCAGCUGACGCUGUUUUUACUCACGCUGCUCUGUAAGCUUUUUAUUUAUGGCAUGAAGUCUCAAUGUGUAAACUGUCCUUCAUUUCUAUUUCAUUUACAAUAAAUAUGUACAAAACU